GUGUAAGGUAGACAUAAAGCGUGACGAGACGCGUCUUGCCUUUUUAGUUGGAUACGUACCUUACAGAUGUCUUGUUGCGUUCAUUUAGAUGAUGUUUGCUAACCUGGCCAGCAGAGCAUCUGUCUAAGCGCGCUACAUCCAAAGCUGAGCUACUUGCAAACAAAGUCGAUAAGGAUCACGACGUCGAGGGAGUCCAGAAAGCCCAGAAAGUCCAGACUGUGGUCGCCCCAAAGAUUGAGAGCCCCCCCGAGGUUGACGGACUCCAGAAGGCUCAGAAAGUCCAGGUGUUGAUUGUCCCGAAGGUUAUGAUCGCCCCGAAGAUUGAGAACACCCCGCACGUUGUGAUCGCCCCGAAGAUUGAGAGCGUCCAAAAUGGCAACAACAAGGACGGUCAGGAACAGGCCACUACAGCCGCCAUUCCGAAUGCUCCUGGAACUGCUUUGUCACCAUUCUAUCAUGACCCCAAACCCCCAAUGUGGAGACAUGCGCCAGCAAAGUACUUCAUACCUCCCCCCGGUGAAGUCAACCCCGACCCAUUUAGACCACGAUCCCCCUCACCGGAGGUUCUCGACCUCACCAACCUUCCAUUGAAGCAACGAUUUCCUCAAGACUUCAAGAAGUUCUGGCACAAGUUCGAGAUGAUAGAGGUCCAGUACGUCGGCCAGGUGAAGAUGUGGAUCCGAGACAUCAUUGAGGGCAGCAAGUUGAACGAUAACCAGAAGUACUAUUGGUUGGGCCACUUGUGGAGUUUGAGCGUGCAAAAGCAGGAGCUUUGGGAGAAGGAAGUCCAGAAGAACCACCGUUUCCGAGAAGAGGCUCUGAAGAGACUCCACGAGAUCAUCUAUACGGUGCUCCAAGAAAUCAGAGAACUCGACGAAGAGGAAAAGCUGGCAGCCAUCAAAGAUGACGAGGAGCCUAUGACCACUGAAGAAUCCCGUCGCCUUCACGAAGAGAAAGAGGCAAAGAAGCACCCCGAGCUGACUGAUCUGGACGAUCCCACCAAUGCUCUGAGAGGCAACGUACGAAAGUGGAGACGUUUGCCAGAAUUCAGCCGGAUGCUACAGCACCAGUUUGGAGAGGAUGUGAGGCCGUUCUGGUCACCUAUCGUGCAGAUGCACUUCGGAACCCCUCUCCUCCGUCUCGCGGAUGCCGCGUUCUGGGCAGCUCUCGAGUAGGAAUCGUGCGAGACACUGAGGUCGAGCAGAAGCUAGGAUCGAGGUUCAUCGGAUCGAGGCGCAUGUCGGGGAUACCCUAAUCAUUUGU